AUGGGAGCUGACAAAAGAAAAGACAGUUCUGACUCUGAUUCUGAAUUGGGAUUCAAGAGAUUGAAGGCUGAUGAAGAGAAGUCCGUGGAACUCAAACCUAAUCCCUCUGGAUCUAAGCGGAAGCAAUCUGACUCUCGAGAUGAAGAGAAAUCCAGACCAUCAGGAUCUAAAGAAAGGCAAUCUAACUCUCGACUACCUCAAAAACAGAACAAGAAUUCGGACAAGCUUGAUGCGGAAAUGAUUAAUAGAAUAUUGUUAUUGGGUGAUGGUAAUAUGAAAAAAAUCUUAGAUUGUGAAAAAUCUUAUCAACUUUCUAAUUUGGUUGAUGAAAUUGCAUACGAUAUCAUCAAGACCGAAAGUGAGGAUUGGGAAGAAAAAAUGGCCGUGCUUCUAUUGUAUAACAAGAUUAGACGUGAGAUUUAUUCAACUAUUGAAAAGAACAUUCCGGAUAGAACUCCGGAUGUUUGUACAUGGUUGGUGACA